AUGCCGCCCUGUUAUUUCCUAGGCUACAUCACUCACUCCUCAUCCACAUAUAACAAACACUACAACUUUGUUUGCAUAGAGAGUCUACUAUUUUUCUUAUUUUGUUCGUUUGUUUCUUUCAUUGGCUCGACCAUUCCUUUCACUCGUUCUUUAAUUUUUCGCUUGAGUUCGCCUCCAUUUUUUUCUUCGUAUCUUCCACGUUCACCCUUUUUCUUGUUAAUACACUCAUUCACGUUUUCUAUCUCGCUGCUUCAACGUCUCGUUUUACUUUCCGAUGCUCGUGUUUGCCAUCUCUUGCUUUUUUUUUCCUUCGUUGGCGCCCUCUGUCUUUCGUUCAUUCUCUCUUUCGCUGUCACUAUCUUUCUUUCACUCACCCGUUUGCAAUCUUUCGUUUGCCGUCACUAUCCUUCUCUAUCUCGCUCUUUCGCCGUUCCGUUCUUUCUCCCUCUCACUCUUUCGCCGUCUCUAUCUUUCUUUCCCUCUCUCGUUCGUCAUCUCUCUUUAUCGUUCCCUCCCUCGUUCGAUGUCACUAGCUUCUUUUCAUUCACCCGAUCACCUUUCCUAACUUCCUUUCGUUUGCUGUCUGUCAUACUUUCUCUCUCUCGUUCGCCAUCUCUUUCUUUCUCUUGUUCGUACACCGUCUCGCUCUUUCUUUCUCUCGUUCAUUCACCAUCUCAUUCUUUCUUUCUCUCAAAUGCGUUGUUCUGUUUAUAUUUGGUGCCGUUUCAUCUACCCAAUUGUGCGUCCGUGUCCGGAUUGGUUCGACUUGGCGGAGAGACACCUGGCGAAAACCCACGUGGCUUCCUUGAGAUCAAAUUCACAGCGUGGCCAAGGGAGUUCAUUGUGGGUGAAGUCGACUCAGAGACCGGCUUCUAG